AUGAAAGGGCCAAGUAAUUGUACCAACGAUGAUAAUCAUGGUGUUCAUAUGAAAUGGCAGGUAAACAAGAAUACUGUCCAUGAACGAAGCAUUCACAUGUAUAACAAUCCAGUCAUGAGCGAUAUCAAGUUUACUUACAAAAACUGUCAUCCUGACGACGAAUCAGUUCUAUAUGCUCAUAAAUACAUGUUAGCUACUGUAUUUCAGCAAAUGUUUUAUGGAGAUUCAAAAAGAAAGGACUCGCUCGCCGAUUAUUGAUUUACCUGAGCUUACCUGAUAUAAGCCAAGAUGUAGUGGCAGCCUUCUUGGCUUUUCUAUAUAAAGAUGAAUGUCCCAAGGAUAUUGGUAUAAUCUUUAAAGUUCUAAAUUUGACAAAAAAUAUGAAAUCCCAUCGUUUGAUAUAGCAGUGUAGAAAUGAUUUGGAAGAAACGAUUACAAAAUCACAAGCGUUUAAAUUUAUUGAAAAAUUCUUGGAAUUACAAGAACAUACGAUGAUGGAAGUAUGCUGGCGGUAUAUAGACAAAUAUACAGGAAAUGUUUUCAUUUCGGAAUAUUUCCUGAAGAUUAAGCAACCCACUUUGGAUGCUUUGCUAGCACGCGAUACACUUCUCUUUGACGAAAAAGCAAUAUUCGAUGCUGUACUAAACUGGGCUUACUACUUGUGUAAUUGUACCUUACUACAAUUUGAGGAAGCCCGUGAAAGUAGAAGAAAAUUUCUUGGUGAUGCAAUUUAUAAGAUUCGCUUUCACACGAUGAAGACGAGUGAAUUUUCUCCACUUUCUAGAAUCUUUAGGAAAAUUCUUGCUGAUCACGAGGUUGUUGAUUUACAAAUGGUUAUCAAUGGAGAAAAUGUCAGAAAUUUAAAAUGGGAUACUUCAAAGCAAAAACGUGAAGUGAAUUUUUAA